AUGGAGGAAGGCGAGCUCGGACCUACGAACGGCGUCGACGCAGGAGCGGGGGGAGACGAGCUGUACAAUGCGCUGCAUCAGCGACUCGUGGCGUCGGGCGAGUGGCAGCGUCUGCUCAUCUUGCUCAAGCGCAUGCUCGACGAGUGCGGCUGGGAAGCGCAGUUCCAGUCCACCGCCACUUCCAAGGCCAAGCAACAGCCAGUGCUCGACGUGCCUUCGCUCAUCGAUGCGCUCACUCCGCACGCCAAGGACACACUGCCACCACACGUCAAGGCGCAUCUGCUCGAAAAGCUGCGAGACUUUUUGGACCGAAACCUCGAAGAUGCCUAG